UCACGUGACCCACAGUCAUGUCCGAAGUUCAUCACAUCGAGGAGUUGAUCAGGCUCGAAUUCGAAGUGAGAGGAAUUAUCGAAGACCUCAAAGUGUGCCGAGGCCCGCGAGAGCGGCUGACGCGACUGAACGCGGCGGCGAGAGAGAAAAUGAAGAAAGUGAACGGCAAGUGUAAGCUGUUGGAACGAAUUGCUAUAGAACAAGAUGGUGUCGAAGAUCAGAAAAGAAUAGAAGCGACGCUGCUCACACACAAGGAAGAAGCUAGCAAGUUGCAGAUUCAGCUUCGUAAGGCAACUCUGAUAUGUGAGGAAGCUGUUCAGAAAGCAGAACGAGACAUUUUGUUGGAUGCUGGAAGCAAGGAAGAGAGGGAAUCAGAGUUGCGGCAUCGAAGUCGAGACAGUCUUGUUCACUCGGCCAAUAAUGUCACAGAAAACCUUGUGCACAUACGGGAAAUGAUGGCAACAAGUCUUGAUCAGUCAGAAACAACGACAGAAGUCUUAGCCGGAUCUUCUAAGACCGUGUCACAUGCUCACGAGGAGUUGAAGACAUUCAGCAGCACGGUCGGUACGAGUCGCAUUCUCGUCAACAAAUACAAUCGCCGCGAAUUCACUGACCGCCUCCUCAUCUUUGUUGGUUUAUUACUCUUCUCUUCUACUGUCAUAUUCGUCGUUACGAGACGUUUAUUCCCGUCCAUGUUUCAAUAGCUUUAUAAGAAAGAGAUAGCACAGGAUACAGCUGUCUGUAUCCGCUCAACACAAACUAUGCGAAAUGUACAAAAAUAGAUUCGGGCGCUCUACACUCGAUGAGCGCCACACAAUGCUACUUCGUGUCAAUCGCUUUUCUAGA